UGGUUGGCAUUAUAGCGGCUCGCCCACAUCUUCCGCGUGCUUUUUGGGCAGUGAUACAAUUCGCGAGCUGCGAUUGGUUACAUCCUCUCGAAACCUUUGUUUUGGGGCAGGCCCUGAUAACCGUGCACGGGCAUGCGGAUAAGUGGAGUUGUAAACGAAGCGUGUGCACUUUUCAGCACCAAUACCUCGUGGAUAGCAGCCAAACCUAUAGAAAAAAAAUAGUUGUUUGGGUUAGUUUAUUGUAAAAAAGCCGACAGCUUUGCUAUUUGCAGCACUAAACAGCCGCUGUGAACGCGGGGAUUUUUUUUUGCUAGCAGCUCUGACCCGGCUAACGGAAAUACAAAGCGCCAAAGCUCGUGCUUUGUUUGCCCCGGUGGCAAGAGCUGCAUCCCCACAUUUUUGCGGGUAAAACCGUCGCUCUCUCUUCGUGCUGUCGAAUUAGCUCGGUGUGGGCUCAACAAACUGCACCAGCGAAAGACUAAAUGGCAGGAAGUGAAAGAAAACAAAGGUGAUAAAGAAGACUGUUUGUCCAAGUCGGUUCGGUCCAAACAGCGGUUGAGCCGCAGUCCUGCUGUUAGCCACAUCGCAGCCUGUAGCCGCCGAGGUCUCCAUUGUGUGACCAUCUCCGCCCGAUCCUCGAAUCCCGCGCUGCCACCGGUCACCUGCUGCCUCCACGCCCACAGUUGUUGUAUUUUCAAACGGAUUUCUUUUUGAAACAACGUACGCCAAAAUGUGUUCUCGAGUUUGGUUCUUGACCGACCGGCGCAUCAGCCAGGAGUAUCCACAAGUCCAGAUCCUCCGGGCGCUGAAGGAGCACUGCGCCGACGAGGACGUAGAAUUCCGCUACCUCCUCAUGGAUCAAAUCGUGCUGACGAUCAGCGAGGGCCAGCUAGGACUGCGAGCAGAGCAGGAAUUGGUGACAUCUUACCCACAGGUGGUGAUGGUGCGAGUACCCACGCCCUGGGUUCAGUCAGAUAGUGACAUCACUGUGCUCCGCCACCUGGAGAAGAUGGGUUGCCGGCUGAUCAACAGGCCCCAGGCCAUACUCAACUGUGUCAACAAGUUUUGGACGUUUCAAGAACUAGCUGGGCAUGGGGUGCCUCUUCCUGACACCUUCUCUUACGGUGGGCACGACAACUUCCGGAAGAUGAUUGACGAGGCUGAGCCACUGGGCUACCCGGUGGUAGUGAAGAAUGCACGUGGCCACAGAGGCAAGGCUGUGUUCCUGGCACGGGACAAACACCACCUGACAGACCUUUGCCACGUGAUCCGCCACGAUACCCCCUACCUAUUUCAGGAGUACGUCAAGGAGUCGCACGGCCGUGAUGUACGGGUUGUCCUAGUGGGCGGCCGUAUCAUCGGCUCCAUGCUGCGUUGCUCCACUGAUGGUCGCAUGCAGAGCAACUGCUCCUUGGGUGGUGUAGGCAUGAUGUGCCCCCUGAGUGAGGAGGGCAAGCAGCUGGCCAUCAAGGUGUCUAACAUCCUGGGCAUGGAUGUGUGCGGCAUUGACCUCCUGCAGCUCAACGAUGGCUCAUUUGUGGUUUGCGAGGCCAACGCAAAUGUGGGCUUCAUUGCUUUCGACCAGGCCUGUGGCAUGGACGUAGCAGGCAUUGUUGCUGACUAUGUCCUGUCAAUGCUCCCAAACCGCCUCACUCGCAAGAUGUCUCUGCUGUCCGUCGUGUCAAGCACCAGCGAGACCAGCAGCGAGCCCGAAGUGUGCAACGUGCCUUCUGGCGGCGGCUCGCUGCCUGAAGCAGUCUGCAACAUGAGCGUGGGGUCAACUUCCAGCGAGAGCGACCCAGAGCUGGCCGAGCCCUCCCAGUCGUCACCCUGCCAGUCCACAGCCCCCAGCCUGCCUGAUCUCCCAGACCUAGCUGAUCCAGCCUACAACUUCAACACCCUCCUUGCCAAUGAGAUCAAGUUAUUGACUGAGUGA